UAGUGAAACACUUCAAAACAAUAAAGACAAUUAAACGUAGAAAACUAUACCCCUUUUUAAAAAAUCAAAUAAAAAAGCAUAAAUAUUUACACGAUAACAAAGAGAACCCCCUCUUAAACACAAUCGAAAUUCAAAGUUGCCCAGGAUUGAAAAUGAUGAAGAAGAUAUUGGGCAGGGCCACCAAGAACCGGAGUCCCAAGUUCGAUGAGGGAAUGAAUCUGGACCAGAUAAUCGCUAAACUGAAGCUGGUGGGGGAACUGGGAUCCGUGGUUCAGAUUUCCGCCCGGGAUAUAGAGUGGGUGUGCGUUAAGGCGAGGGAAGUGCUCCUCGCCCAACCCACUCUACUGGAAAUAUCUGCUCCCAUAAACUUACUGGGCGAUAUACACGGACAGUACCUCAAUCUGCUGCGGUACUUCGAUUCGAAUGGCUAUCCGCCGGAUUCGAAGUAUCUGUUCCUGGGCGAUUAUGUGGACAGAGGCAAGCAGUCCAUCGAAACGUUGACUCUGCUGUUGGCCCUCAAGGCGCGGCAUCCCAGCAAGUUCUACUUACUACGAGGAAACCACGAGUGCGCCAGCCUGAACCAGUUCUACGGAUUUUAUGAUGAGUGCAAGAGGCGCUAUACGGUGAAACUGUGGCGCACCUUUGUCGACUGCUACAACUGCAUGCCCCUGGCGGCGAUCAUUGAGGACAAUAUCUUCUGUUGUCAUGGGGGCUUGAGUCCCAGUCUGUUCAGCAUGAACCAGAUAAGGAAGAUCGAGAGACCCAUCGAAAUCCCCGAAUCCGGCUUGGUGUGCGAUAUCCUGUGGUCCGAUCCGGAUCUGAGGAUCAUGGGCUGGGGUCCCAACGAACGGGGCGUGAGUCACACCUUCGGUUCGGAUGUGGUCAGUGCCUUCCUGCACCGCUUCAACCUGAACCUCAUCUGUCGGGGUCACCAGGUCGUGGAGGAUGGGUACGAGUUCUUCGCCAAGCGGCAGCUGAUCACCAUUUUCUCCGCCCCCAACUACUGCGGGGAGUUCGAUAAUGCCGGGGCCAUGCUGUGCAUCGAUGAGGAUCUGCUCUGCACUUUUCGGGUUCAGAGACCCAUGGGCGCAGAGCGCAAGUGAUGUGAUAUAACUUGUUUAGGGGGAAAGGUUUAUAAGACCCGUCAAUUGUUACACUGUAAGCUUAUGCGUUUUUAUUAAAUAAUGUAUUAUACCAUU